AACUACUCAUUCCUCCGCAAAUGGAAUCCGAUUCAGACUCCGAUGGCUCCCACAUCUCUGCCACUCCUCCAAGAAGCCCGAGACCACCACCGCCACUAUCUCUUCCGUCGCCGCAGCAGGCACCACCUCCACCGAAACUACUCUCCUCUCACAAGUCCAGAACCAACGUUAAAUCCACUAAAAAACGGCAACAACAAACAAACAAACCACCUCCAAAACCCCCUCAAGAUGAAUCACAGCCAAACGUCUCUCCUCUCUGCAGUCAUCCUUUCCAGAUCCGCCAUUCCUUCAUUCAAGACCGUCAAAUGCCGAUUUCCCUUUCAAUGGAUAUCCUACCGGCCGGCUACUUCUCAAAAUCAGCGUCGUUUUCAAAAAUUCAUAGACCUUCUAUCAAUUUCGAGUCCGUUGAAAACAAUCCUAGCCCUCCAAUUUCUGCUGAUAGUGUUACACAGGGGAGUAAACCAAAUGUCUCCAAGAAGCAUCCUAAUUUGAUCGGAGCAAAUGUGCCUUUGCCUCCAGUAAAGUUGCGGAAAGGCAGUGGCAGUGAAGGUAAUUUUGUUAAGCUAAAUAUGAAUCGAUAUAACCGCAAGUUCAAGAACCGAAAAUCGAGCGGUUACAAACCUUAUAGAAGAAGCAAGAGAAAAUGGAACUCCGAAAAGGAAAGUGUCCAGGACGAGGAUAUUUUAGUUCCUGAGAUUAAAGAACAGAAACCGAAGCAAGGUAAGAGUGGCAAGGCGAUUGAGGCGGCUGUUUUGGCGGCUCAAAGUGAGGCGUCCGAUGAGAACUUGUUGAGGCUGUUGAAAAUAAUGUAUGGGUACGACAAGUUUAGAGAUGGUCAAAUGGAAGCGAUCAAGAUGGUGCUCGAUAGUAAGUCAACCAUGCUGGUUUUGCCAACUGGUGCUGGUAAAUCACUUUGCUAUCAGAUGCCUGCGGUGCUUUUACCAGGGAUUACACUGGUUGUCAGUCCAUUGGUGGCAUUAAUGAUUGAUCAGUUGAAGCAUUUGCCUCCCAUGGUACAGGGUGGUCUUUUGUGUAGCAGUCAGACACCCCAAGAGGCUGCUAAUACACUCAGGCUAGUUGAAGAAGGGACUAUAAAGGUGCUUUUUGUUUCACCAGAGAGGUUUUUAAAUGCCCAAUUCUUGUCGAUUUUUUCUGCCACUUGCAUAUCACUUCUUGUGGUCGAUGAAGCUCACUGUAUUUCUGAAUGGUCCCAUAAUUUCCGGCCCUCGUACAUGAGACUCAGGGCACCUUUACUUCGUGCUAGACUCAAUAUUGGAUGCUUUCUAGCAAUGACUGCAACUGUCACUGCCACAACUUUGAAUUCUGUUAUGUCUGCUUUGGAGAUUCCUUCCACUAAUCUCAUUCAACGAGCCCAGUUGAGGAACAAUCUGCAAUUGUCGGUGUCCUUGAGUGGAAAUAGACUGAAAGAAUUGCUGAUGUUAAUAAAGUCUUCUCCCUUCAUGGAAGUCCAAAGCAUCAUUAUAUACUGCAAAUUCCAGUCUGAAACUGAUAUACUGAGCAGAUACUUAUGUGAUAACAAUAUUUCGGCAAAGAGCUACCAUAGUGCUAUCCCUUCUAAGGAGCGGAACCGCAUACAGGAAUUAUUUUGUUCAAACAAGAUUAGAAUUGUUGUUGCAACAGUGGCAUUUGGCAUGGGGCUUGACAAAAGCGAUGUUGGAGCUGUGAUUCAUUAUAGUUUGCCAGAAAGCUUGGAAGAGUAUGUUCAGGAGAUUGGGCGUGCUGGACGGGAUGGAAGGUUGUCAUACUGCCAUCUCUUUUUUGAUGAUACCACUUAUUGCAAGCUUCGAAGUCUUUUGCACAGUGAAGGGAUAGAUGAAUAUACCGUAAGCAAGUUCUUCUGUCAAGUCUUUACCAAAAAUGCGCAUGGGAAAAUUUGUUCAAUAAUCAAAGAAGCUGCAUCUCGUGAUUUUGAUAUGAAAGAAGAGGUGAUGCUUACACUUUUAACACAAUUGGAGUUGGGUGAGGUGCAAUACUUGCGUCUACUUCCAGAGCAAAAUGUAACUUGCACUUUGAAUUUCUAUAAGACUGCCCCUGUGCUGCUGGCUGACAAGGAUUUAUUAGUUUCAGCGAUUCUUAAGAAGUCUGAAACAAGACAAGGGCAAUAUGUGUUUGACAUACCUACUGUUGCAAAUAGCACUGGGAUUACAACUUUUGAUCUAUUAACUCACUUGCAAAAUCUAAAGUUGAAGGGAGAAAUAACAUAUGAUGUUAAGGAUCCAGCCUACUGUUAUUCGAUUGACGAAGUCCCUAAGGAUUUUUGCUCUCUCUCAGCUCAGCUUACAAGAUGGUUAUCUGAGAUUGAAUCUUAUAAGGUGCGAAAAUUGGAUGCAAUGUUUAAUGCGGCAGCCUUUGCUGUGAACGACUGUGAGAAGAUGCAAGGUUGCAAUGAUGCUCACCACACGCCUUGCUUACAACGAAAGAUUAUGGAUUAUUUCAAGGAGGAUGGUACACAUGACAUCUUAAAUAAGAUGUGUCAAAGCAGCCCGUUUUUGCGAGCAGAUGUAAAGGUUUUUCUGCAGAGUAACUCACAUGCCAAAUUUACACCCCGGGCUAUUGCAAGGAUAAUGCAUGGCAUUCCCAGCCCAGCCUACCCCUCUACAACUUGGUCCAAAUCACAUUUCUGGGGAAGGUAUACUCAUAUAGACUUCCCAGUGGUUAUGGAAGCUGCAAGGACAGAAUUAAUGAACUUUGUUGGGAAAGAAGCAACCUAGCUUUUCAAUAUCAAACAUGUCGUUCUUCUGAAGAGUGAAAGGCAUAUGAAAUUAGAACUAUCAUUAGUUUAUUAGAUGGCCUGCUCUUCCUGAGACCAAUCUUGUUAGUUAAUGAGAAGCAGAACUUAUGUUAUGGACUGGGAUUUGAAUCAAAAAAAGGAGAUACACCAUUGAAUCAGUUUAUUUCAAAACAGUCAAAUGAAGGCCUUCAAAAUUAUUUCAGGCAGUGCCUGUCGGUCAAUGCAAAGCCAAAGCUCCACUUAGCGUCAAUUGGGGAAAGCUCCGGUGAGUUACGCUGUGGGCCACUGGCAUUAUUAUCUGCAGAUUUGGCCUGGAAAAAGUUGAACAGAGAAAAGCAAUGGCAAGUUAUUUGAUUUCACUUAUGUCUAUAUACGUACUAACUUUUAUUUUAAUUACCUAAUUACAAUGGCUUGAACUAUGAAAGUUGGGUAUGUUGAUAAUGAUGUUUCAGCACAUAGGUGCAAGCUAAAAGAAUCUGGAUUAUGCCAUAAUUUUUUUUAAAACAUUAAUUAUCAAAUUGGAUAAUUUAUAUUAAA